AAAGGACAGCGCUAGAAAAAGAGCGUCUGCGUGCAGAGCCCCCUUCCCGCUCUCACUCGUCAGUGUAGCAAAGGCGCAGCGUGCGGAGCAGAGCUCUUGCCUGCGCCUCCUCCUCCUCCUCCUCUUCAUCCUGGUGGCUCAGCUGCUUUUCUUCCUCCGCAGUCCGGAAGCUGCUUCUCCUUCUCGUCGUCCUCCUUCGUCACCUUCUUCUUGUUGCUCUUUUUUUCCUCCCACUCGCUGCAGGCUCACUUUGGAUCGCUUUCCUUUUUCUGCCCGCUUUUGCCUUUUUUUCUCUUGGUCUUCUUUUUGCGCACUGAGGACGCGGCGUCGGCGGCUGGCGUCGGCGUGCGUGCGUGCGCGCGCGCGGGCGUGCACGCGGCCAUGGCUCCCCGCAUGCUGCUUGCGCUGCGCGCGUGCUUGCUGCUGUUUCAGGGAGCGACGCUGCACGCCGACUCCAUCAUUCACAUUGGUGCGAUCUUUGAGGAGAACGCGGCCCGGGACGACGAGGUGUUCCAGCUGGCCGUGUCGGACCUCAGCCUGAGCGAUGACGUGCUGCAGAGCGAGAAGAUCACGCACUCCAUCAAGCUCAUCCAAGCCAACAACCCUUUCCAGGCCGUGCAAGAAGCCUGCGAGCUGAUGAACCAAGGCAUCCUGGCGCUGGUGACAUCCACGGGCUGCGCCUCGGCCAGCGCGCUGCAGUCGCUGACGGACGCUAUGCACAUCCCGCACGUGUACGUGCAGAGGAACGGCGGCGGCUCGCCCAGGACCUCGUGCCAGCUCAACCCCAGUCCGGGAGGGCGCGGGUACACGUUGGCGGCCCGCCCGCCCGUGCGCCUCAAUGACGUCAUGCUCACACUGGUGGAGGAGCUGCGCUGGCAGAAAUUCAUCGUCUUCUACGACAUCGAGUACGACAUGCGAGGCCUUCAGGGUUUCCUGGACCGGGCGUGUCGAGAAGGUCUGGACGUGUCUCUGCAGCGGGUGGACAAGAACAUCAGUCAGGCCUUCAGCGACCUGUUCACUUCCAUGAGGACGGAGGAGCUCAACCGAUACCGCGACACGCUGCGCCGCGCCAUCCUGCUGCUCAGCCCGCGUGCCGCACACGCCUUCGUGCAGCAGGCGGUGGAAACCAAUCUGGCCUCCAAGGACAGCCACUGGGUAUUUGUCAACGAGGAAAUCAGCGACGCUGAGGUCCUGGAGCUUACCGACGGCGCGCCGGGGCGCAUGACGGUCGUCCGGCAGAUUUUCCCGCUGUGGAAAGACGGCGGCGCUCGAUGCGUCAGACACAACCAUCGCAUCUCGUCGCUGCUGUGCGACCCUCGGGAAGGCUACCUGCACAACCUGGAGGUCUCCAACCUGUACCUGUACGACAGCGUGCUGAUGCUGGCCAACGCUUUCUACAGGAAGCUGGAGGACAGGAAGUGGCACAGCAUGGCCAGCCUCAACUGCAUCAGGAAGUCCACCAAGCCCUGGAACGGAGGCUGGUCCAUGCUGGAGACCAUCCGGAAGGGCAACAUCACGGGGCUGACGGGCACCAUGGACUUCAAGGAUGCCGGGGCCAACGCGCACGUCCACUUUGAGAUCCUAGGCUCCAGUUUCGGCGAGACCUUCAGCAAGGACAUCAAGCGGUUGGCCACGUGGGACCCGGUGCGCGGCCUGAACGGUAGUUUGAAGGAGAGCCGCAUCGAGAGCGGCAUGCAGGGAGUCACCGUCAAAGUGGUCACCCUGCUGGAGGACCCGUUUGUGAUGGUCGCGGAGAACAUCCUGGGCCAGCCCAAACGCUACAAAGGCUUCUCCAUUGACGUGCUGGACGCUUUGGCCAAGAACCUGGGCUUCAAGUAUGAGAUCUACCAGGUGAGCGCCCCCCCCCCCCUCGCUGACUCUGCACUUUCUGAAAUGUUGAUGGCGGUCCCGCAGGUGUCGGACAGCAAAUACGGGUCUCAGCUUUCCAACGGCUCCUGGAACGGGAUGAUCGGCGACCUGAUCAACAAGAGAGCCGACCUGGCCGUGUCGGCCAUCACCAUCACGCCGGAGCGCGAGAACGUGGUGGACUUCAGCAAGCGCUACCUGGACUACAGCGUGGGCAUCCUGCUAAGGAAGCCCGAAGAGAAGAUCAACAUCUUCUCGCUCUUUGUGCCUUUCGACUUGGCCGUGUGGGCCUGCAUCGCCGCCGCCGUCCCGCUGGUGGGCGUCCUCAUCUUCCUGCUCAACCGGCUGCAGGCGCUGCGCUCGUCGGCUGCCCGCAACGCGCCGCCGGGCCAGCCUGCCGAGGGUUCGGUCGCCGGAUCCCUGCACGGCGCCGUCUGGAUCGUCUACGGGGCAUUUGUGCAGCAAGGCGGUGAAGGCGCGGUAGGCUCGGUGGCGCUGAGGAUCGUCAUGGGCAGCUGGUGGCUCUUCACGCUCAUCGUAUGCUCGUCGUACACGGCUAACUUGGCGGCGUACCUGACCGUGUCCCGCAUGGACCACGCCAUACGGUCCUUCCAGGACCUGUCGCGGCAGAUGGAGGUGGACUACGGCACGGUGAGGGACUCGGCCGUGUACGACUACUUGCGCAACAAAGGCACCAACCCGCUGGAGCAGGACGGCACCUACGCCGAGCUGUGGAGGACCGUCAGCAAGAACGGCGGCCUGGAAUUCUCCGUUUCCAGCCCCUCGGAGGGCAUCCGCAAGGCCAAGAAGAGCGCGUACGCCUUCCUGUGGGACAUGGCGGCGUUGGAGUACGCAGCGCUGACGGACGACGACUGCGCCGUCACCGUGUCGGGCAGCGGCGUCGGCAGCAAAGGCUACGGCAUCGCCUUGCAACACGGCAGUCCCUACAGGGACCUCUUCUCACAAAAGAUCCUGGAGCUGCAGGAGAAGGGUGACCUGGACGUCCUGAAGCAAAAGUGGUGGCCCCGCGCCGGGCGCUGCGACCUGAGCGGCCACGCCAGCGCGCACCCGGACGGCCGCUCGCUCAAGCUGCACAGCUUCGCCGGUGUCUUCUGCAUCCUGGCCGCCGGGCUGCUGCUGGCCUGCCUGGUGGCCGGCCUGGAGGCCUGGUGGGGCGGCCACGGCUGCCGCCGACGCCGCCACGCGCCCAAAGAGGUCGCUAAGGAUUACGGGCUGGCUUUGGUUUCGGGUCCGUUGACUUAUAGUGACUUUUCUCCGUCCGAGGGGAGGAGGGACGUUUGGCCAGACGCAGGGAGAGGCUGGCAGCCAGCGCUUGCCGUUGGCACAGGACAAGGAGGUCAACCUGGAACAGGUGCAUCGGCGUAUGAACAGUCUUUUGGACGAGGACUUGGUCCACAAGCAGAUUCCCGGCCCCUCUAUCGAGAUAUCUGCGCUGGACAUGGGCAGCGUGGCGCCCGGCCAGGCGGGCCUGCUGCCUCCGGGCCUCUCUGUGACCACCUUCCUGCCCAGGGAGGGGCCGCCGCCGCCGCUGCCCGUGAGCCACCCUCACCUUGGGGGGACCCUGGGCCGGACGCCGCCCCAGCUGCCUGGCCAGCACCCUGGCAGCGGCGCGCUGGCGCCCCAGCUGGUGGCCAGCAUGCAGUGCAAGCACAGGGCGCCCAACGGGGGGCUCUUCCGCCAGAGCCCUGGCAAGGUGGCACUCUACCAGGCCGGACCCCUCACCGCAGCCAUUGAUGCCACCCACAGCACCUCCAUUUAGGCUGACCAGGUGUUUUUCUACACGCCGCUCGCCACUUGACUUUUCUGCUGCUGUAAAUUGGUGUAUAUAACAACAAGUGGGCCCCAAAUGUAUUUUGAAUAUUCUCCACUUUUCAACUCGCAUUCUACAAAAUAUAUUGUGUAUAUAAGGCGUGCAUAUACGGAUCUCAAUAUAGCCACCAGAAGUUUUCUAACGUUAGUCCAACACGUGACAGAAGCUAAAUUUACGGUGAUUGUUUUCUCAAUGGCUCCAAAAAAAGUAAGCGCUUUCCAUUCGCCGCUCCGCAAUUGUUUUUGUACGUCACCGUCGCCAUGACGACAGACAGAUUUAAUCCCAAUCGUUAUCUUUAAUCAAAGUUCAUCUUGUUUCAUUUCCUCCCCCUAAUCAAAAAGUCAAACUUCAUUAGAUGCUAAUGUUGGCACGGGUCAGCGUUAUUUGAUCUCAGGCGAUGAUGCUCGGCUCUGGUUGCCGUGACGACGCUGCUCCGAACACACGCAAAAAAAACAACCUUUUUUGGUCUGAAUGGAGUGAAACAGACGAGAGUCGACCGUCUGGCCGCCGUUCCCGCUCCUCGCCUCCUCCAUCGUGAGUCAAAGCUUCGUUGGGGCCGCCGGGCGCUUUUCUUCACUGCCGUGUGCUGGAAAGGUUUAGCUUAGCAUGCUAAAUGUCUGCAAUCUUUCUCACUCAUCACAGGCGGGCAAACGUUGAAUGGCGACAGCUGGACUAUUCUUUGAGGUGUGGCCUUGUCAAAAUGUUUUUUGUCCACUUUGUGGUGCGCCCACUCACAAAUGUUAACGCACCUACAUUUUCCAGCCGAAGCAGUCCGGUCGCGUGCGUUCAACUUUUGCUUGACGUCGGCUGGCUGGCUGUCGGGAGGCCGCCGCCCGCUUGUCUUUUGUGCUCCAACGGAGGACUUUAAUUUAUGGCCACGCCGCUCGGUGGACUUUCUUAUCUUUAAUAAAGAAGUAUGUUUACAACA